ACCUACUUCUAAUAAUUUCCUUCUUUCUUCUUUCCCCAUAUAUUAAAAAUAUGGCUAAGUUUUUUUUAUCCUAUGGUUAUAAUCUUAUUAUUUUCUUCAUUAUUAGCCAUUUAAUGUCCAUUUUAGGCAAGUUAAAUCCUUGGAAUCCUUCAAUUCCUUAUGAAAUUCUUUCCCUUAAUAUUUCAUCCAAACUUAGUACAAAUUCUGAUGACAUUAAAGAAUCUUCCAAAGAUUUUGGAAAAAUUGUUCAAGAAAUAUUCCCAGCUGCUGUUCUUUAUCCUUCUUGUGUUAAUGACAUAAUUGACCUCAUUCAAUUUUCUUAUGGCCUUUCUGUCCCUUUUCAUGUUGCAGCCAAAGGUCAUGGUCAUUCCAUUAGGGGACAAGCCAUGGCACAAAAUGGGGUAAUUGUGGAAAUGAAUUCUUUAAAUAAUAAUAAUAAUACUAAUAAUAGUGAAAAUUGUGGAAUUAGGGUUUCUUGGGAUUCGACUUUAGGGUUUUACGCUGAUGUCGGAGGUGAACAAUUAUGGAUUGAUGUUCUUCGUAGCACCCUAGAGUAUGGCCUAGCACCUGUCUCGUGGACGGAUUAUUUGUACCUCACAGUUGGGGGUACUCUCUCUAAUGCCGGAAUUAGUGGCCAAACUUUCCGAUAUGGUCCUCAAAUAAGUAACGUUCAUGAGGUGGAUGUUAUUACAGGUAAAGGGGAAUUAGUGACUUGCUCCAAAGAAAUGAAUUCAGAAUUAUUUUUUGGAGUUUUAGGAGGUUUGGGACAGUUUGGAAUAAUAACUAGGGCAAGAAUUGUCUUAGAUAAAGCACCAACAAGAGUGAAAUGGGUGAGAAUGUUGUAUGAUGAUUUCUCAAAAUUCACAAAAGAUCAAGAACAUCUUAUUUCAAUUCAUGAUGGAUUGAAUUAUGUUGAAGGCUCUCUACUGAUGGAACAAAGCCCUCUAAAUAAUUGGAGAUCUUCAUUUUUUUCACCUUCCAAUCAGAUCGAAAUUGCUUCAUUAUUAUCCAAAAAUGGAAUUAUCUAUUGCUUAGAAAUGGUGAAAUACUAUGAUGAUCAUAGUGCUACUACUAUUGAUGAGGAACUGAAGAAGUUGGUAAAAGGAUUGAACAAUUUGCCUGGAUUUAUGUUCAAGAAAGAUGCCACUUUUGUGGAAUUUUUGAAUAGAGUUAGAAGUGGGGAAUUGGAGUUACAAUCAAAAGGAAUGUGGGAUGUUCCACAUCCAUGGCUCAAUUUGUUUGUACCAAAGUCUUCUAUCAUGCAUUUUAAUGCUGCUGUUUUUGUGGACAUCAUCCUUAGACAAAACAAGACAACUGGACCCAUCCUUGUCUACCCAACAAAUAGGAAAAGAUGGGAUGAUAGGAUGUCAGCAGUAAUACCAGAAGAGGAGAUAUUUUAUUGCGUGGGACUUUUACAUUCUUCAAAUGGAUAUAAUGAAUGCAAGAUUUUGGAUAAUCAAAAUGAAGAGAUAUUAAAGUAUUGUGAUAAAGUUGGGCUCAAAAUAAAGCAAUAUCUUCCACAUUACAAGACACAAGAGGAUUGGAUAAAACAUUUUGGUAAAAAAUGGAAUAUUUUUCAACAAAGAAAAAAUCAAUUUGAUCCAAAGAUGAUUCUAUCACCUGGACAAAGAAUUUUUAAUUAGCUUUUCACCAAUAAAAUGUACUUAGUUGUAUUGAGCUACAAAGUCUAAAAAUAGUAAUUUCUUAAUUGCUUUA